AUGCCGCUCGCACUUCCGAACACUCGCAGACCACGCGUGACCCAGCUCGAGCACUCCCAUGCGACGGGAGAUGUCGACAGGGGCGGUCGGAGAGCCCUCCAAAACCUCGAAUCGCUACUCCAGAGUGGCGAUCUUUCUGACUUGACGCUCACAUGUCAAGACCGGUCGUUCCGGGUGCACAAGGCCGUCAUUCAUCGAAGAUCACCAAUUCUGGGUCAGCAGAUAAACCAGUUGGAACGAUUUGCGCAGAACAUCGAGAUCGCCGUCGGCGAUUCGUGGACACUCUGGCGUGCGCUCCACUACUGGUACGAGGGAAGCUACGAUGAUACCAGUACUGGAGUCAUCUACCAGGACGAACCCUCAGCGGCAGAACUUCUUUGUUGUACUCCCACUACCCCACAGUCGGACCUUGGGGUCGAAGAGCUAGGCACUGGACCGACGCCGAGUGAAAGUCAUUGGAAUUACGUAUCGCGAUGCUGUACCCCAGCUUCGUCUCCGCAGUCUGAGCUUCUUCGACACACUUGGGAAGUGCGCGAAAACGACCAAGUGAUGGUGACCCGCUACAACUUUGAUGGCUUUAGCCGUAGAAACGACGAGGCUAUCCGAAGCGAGUCCAGGGUCUCCUCGAACAUCGCUAGGCUCCAGGCGAACGUCUUCGUCUACAUCUUCGCGAGCCAUUAUCAAGCACUGGAUCUCAAGUGGCUCGCCGAAGGCAAAUUCGAGCAGCUCCUUGACAGCGGCUACCAAGAGGGUCUGGAGGUAGUGUGCCGCCUGAUAUACAAGUAUGAGGCACACAUUGCGGCCGAUUUGCGCGACCAUGUGUCCCGUAACAUCGCCAUGAAUGCGCGAGAAUAUUUGCAAGACGAGUCUUUUAUCAACGCAGUGCGUGUGCUUCCUGAGAUUCUAAAAGCUGCAUUCGAACACCAUGUCGUUCAGCAGGAGGCAACGUUAGAGAAGAACACGACCACGAUCGAGAACUUGCAGGACGUUAUCGCACAGGUCAGCGCACUCCCAUGUCAGAAGUGUAAACGCUAG